AUGCCGCGGGAAAAAGCGUUAACGAUCAAGCGAUCAGCAAAGGCAACCGAUAAUAAUGGGAAGCAUUCGCUUCGGCCAGAUCCAGGACUGAAAAGGAUUUGGCCGUGGAAUUGGCGAUACCAAAGAACGAAAUGGUUGAGGCUGUCGAGUGAAUGCGAUGCGCGCCGCCCGGACCGCCCAGUACUGGAUUUGAUGGAUCGAGCUCCUGCUCGUGAAAUCAUGCCCAGGGCGCACUGCCUGGACUGUGACGAGCAGAGCGCUGGACGAACGAAGUAUCCAGUGAAUGCGAUGCGCGCCGUCUGUUUUCGCCCGGACCGCCCAGUACUAGAUUUGAUGGAUCGAGCUCCUGCUCGUGAAAUCAUGCCCAGGGCGCGCUGCCUGGACUGUGACGAGCAGAGCGCUGGACGGUUGCGGCAACGCGUCGAGACGGCCCAUCCGCCGACUUGGACAGUUGCAGGAACUAAGGAGGAAGAAGAAAAUUUGUGA